CAUGUUGGUUGAGUCGAGUGUAGCUGCUACACCGUUAGAUGAACAUCUUGAAACCGGUGUUGAAUCCCAAUGUUUUGCGACGCAUACCGCUAGCGACUGAAUAGAGCGUGGCGGAACAUGGCGGAGUUUGGCUUAUGACGAAUUGCCAGCCUGGUUUUAGCAUGUUCUUCAGAAACAUAAGAUCGCCAUAGUUAUGGACAGUCUAUCAGAGCAUCUUGAAGAGGUGCGAAGUCGGGCAGAGGCGUGUCUGUCGUCACCAUGCUCAGCCCACGAGGUUCGAGCCGGAGUGUCUGCCAUGGCCAACCUUCCCCUGCCACCAUCUGCCAAGUAUCAGCACAUUGCAGCAGAAGCUUUGGUUGAAGAAAACAGUGUGGGCAACAACAGGAAAGAGAUCAUAGGUUCUUUGCAGAGACUCUCCACGGCACUUAACAUCUUAGAGAAGUAUGGCUCAAAUCUCACCAGCUCCAGCAGGCCAAAAUAUUGGCGGACUGUGAAGCACAAUAAUCCUGUUUUCAGAGCAACUGUGGAUGCUAUUAAGGGAGGAAGGGCAGUUCUCUGUCUCUACGGCUACACAAACCAACAGCCAGAUGGCUUGAGCUUUCCAGAUGAGGUCCAAGAGCCAGAUCUUCAGAAGGUGCCCUCGGUCACCCUGGAGGUCAUGAGCCUGAGGAUGGAGUUGGACAUGCUUAUCCAGGCAUCACAUCCCAACCCGGAGUUCUUUGAGACACUGGUUCCAUCAGUCUUCCAACAGGAGGAAAAAGUGUUGGCCUUCCCAUCUGCUGCCCCUUUGAAAAAAGAGGAUACGCCCCCUGUAGCAGCCACUCCAUCCAAAGCAUCCUCCUCUACUAAGCCCACUGAUAACUGUACUAUUUGUGGGAUAUUCCCUGUAUCGGCCCAGUGCCCAGUGUGUGUUCAGAGGCUUUGCUCGGAGUGUGAUCGCCUGUACCACUCGCAUCCGGCACGCUCCAGUCAUAGUAGGAUCUCAGUGGCGCACAACAAACCCUCAAAGUCAAUAAGUGCGUCGUUGUCCUCUUGGCAGUGUGUCCACUGCACAACCCAUAACAUUAUGCAGGAGGUGCUGUGUAACACGUGUGAGCGCCCUCGUCUGGCCUCUACUGCACCUACACCAUCCCCUGCUCCUGCUCCUGCUCCUGCUGCUACAAAGUGGCAGUGUAAGAGCUGUACGAUGGUGAACGCGGGCAGCAGUGUUCUUUGCGAGGUUUGUGAGCGCCCCCGUCUGGCCACGCGUCCCCCGGCAGCACCCUCGCGCCCAGCCGCACCCACCCUCCACCUACAAGACAGUCAGUGGGUUUGUCAGUUCUGCACCUAUGCCAACCACACUCCGUCCUCCAUCUGUGAGAUGUGUGACCUCCCUCGGCCUGAGCCCGCCCCCUUACCACCCAAGCUCAGAACACCUUCCCCUGUCAGAGAGUUCCUACAGCUGUCAAUCAAGCCCAAAGCCUCGCUGACCGAGGACCCCGAUGUGAAGCGACAGCGGCUGAUGAGAGAGGAGGGACUAAAACUCAUCCAGUUGAUACGGGAGGGCGAGCGGAAGGGAGUGAGCCCAGAGGAGGUGUAUGCAAGUGUGCGUGUCUCUGGCCACACCAGCGUCACGCCCAGCAAUUGGUUGAAGGCUGAGCUGCCCAGGCUGUUGGACGAGAUCUGUGCCCGCGCCUCCUCCGCCUUGCCUCCACCGACAUCGACAUCGGAGGCCCGAUCCCUACAGUCUGAGCUCUCCGGGUCCAGCAGCGGUGGCUCUCAGGAGGAGUCCAGCAGAGGGGUGCAGCUGUCUAGAGGAGAGGCGAAACGCGCCUGGCUGGCAGCAGGGGGCGACAUUGAGAGAGCCACUAAACAGGCACUGUGGGACAGGAAGGCCAAGAUGAAGGAGCUGAGUGCGCUGGGUUUCAGCGACGCGGCCCGCUGUGGCGAGGCCCUGCGGCAGAGCGGCGGCCAGGUGCGCGGAGCCCUGGUCAUGCUGCAGCGCCCCCUGCUGGAGCCCUUCCACCAGCGCAUGUGGAGCAGCCAGCCCGAGCCCUCCAUCAACAUCGACCUCCCAGACAAGCAGCGGGUGUGCCGGAGGCUCCUGGCUGUCUAUGACUUGCCCAGCUGGGGCCGCAGUGAGCUGGCCCUGUCGCUGCUGCAGGACCCCACCGCCCCCUACACCCUGGAGGACGUGGUGCAGGCCGUGCGGGAGUCACAUGACCGCGACUUCAUCCGCCGCGUGCUCGCCAAAGAAUGCCCCAUCUGCCUCUCUGUCUUUCCCCACAGCAAGAUGCAGUCCCUGACGUCCUGCCAGUGUUCGGUGUGCUGUGAUUGCUUCAAACAGCACUUUACCAUAGCGGUGAGAGACAAGCACAUCAGAGACAUGGUGUGUCCCGUGUGCUGGGAGCCGGACAUCAACGACCCAGAGCACCUCAACAGCUACUUCUCCACACUUGAUAUUCAGCUCAGGGAAUGUUUAGAGGCAGAGGUGUACGAGCUUUUCCAUCAGAAGCUGACUGAACAGGCCCUCAUCAAAGACCCCAAGUUCCUCUGGUGUAGCCAUUGCUCCUAUGGCUUCAUCUAUGAUGGCGAUCAGCCCAAGGUCACCUGUUUCCACUGCCGGAACAGUUUCUGUGCCCAGUGCAAGAAGCCUUGGGAGUCGCAGCACACCGGCCUCUCCUGUGAGCAGUUUCAGUCCUGGAAGCGGGAGAAUGACCCGGAGUACCAGAGGCAAGGGCUGGCUGGUUACCUACGCGACAACGGCAUCACGUGCCCAAACUGCAGGUUUCAGUAUGCUCUGGCCAGAGGCGGAUGUAUGCACUUCUGCUGUUCGCAGUGCCGGUAUCAGUUCUGCAGUGGCUGCAAUAACCCCUUUCAUACGACGUGCCCAGUGAUCCAGUGCAGUGUGACGGGGCUGCAUGCCCAUCACCCCAGAGACUGCCUCUUCUACCUGCGAGACUGGGAGCCUGCCAGACUGCAGGCUCUGCUGCAGAAAGAAGAGGUGGCAUUCAACACAGACACCCCUCCAGGAACACAGGCAGGUUUGUGUGGGGUGAUCGAACAGAAGGUGGGGCAGCAGACAGACUCCGCCUGCGGAGCUCAGACUCAACCUGGCCAGGCCGGCCUCUGCGAGAAGCACUACACAGAGUAUCUGGUCAGCCUGAUCAAUGGGCACUCUAUAGACCCCGCCCCGCUCUACAACGCCAACGAGCUGCUGCUAGCCUGCCGCAGGUACCAGGCCGAGGAGCCUCGCCGGGAGGCAGAGGACGACAGGACCUACUACUCUCGACUACUGAAAAUUCUGAUGGAUAAUGUUCCACUUGGUGAUAAAGUCCCAAGGAAGAAGUGAUGAUGGGAAGAAGUGAUGACACACACGCACACACACACACACACACACACACACACACACACACACACACACACACACACACACACACACACACACACACACACACACACACACACACACAGAAACACACACAUAUUUUCUGUACUGUACUGUAAGUGUACAGCCUUUGUUGUAUCCAUCCUGUUGAAGUAAUUGCCUCUGACAAUUGCAUCAUUACACUACAGCACUAACCGUGGAAAUGGCUCAGGAUGGUGUCCAUGGGCAUCAUUUCUUCAUGUGUGGUGGCCAUUCAAUAAGAGUGCGCUCUUAUUAAAUAACCCUGGAAGAUUGUGUCUUAUAUGCUAUUGUAUAUGUGAAGUGGGACUGGACUGAAGCCAGAGGGCCUCGUACACUGUAAUUUAAGACACUCUAUGCCCUGAGAAAUAUGUUGUGGUUGUAAAAUGCAUGAUGUGUUGAUUUUAUUUUAUUUAUAUUUGUUUGUAUGAGUGCAGAGUUAUGAAGGAAGGAACAAUUAAGUGUGCAAUGUUUUGAUGAGCCUCUUGUCUUGGUGCUCAGAUCAGAUCAUGGUGUGCAUUUUGCUGUACCCCCAUUGAGUGAACAAAUAAAUUGUUGUUUUACCUCCGCAAAUGGUCUAGUUUGUGUAAAAAAAAAAAAAAAAAAAAACGAAAGAAUGUGUGUUCAGGGCCAUAGCAGUGAA